AUGGCACUUUCCACUGAGAGCAGGGCUCUUGGAGCGGCAAACCCUAAGCUGGGCGUCAUUUUCUCAAAACUCGUCCACGACCUCAAAUACCAAGCGCCUCAACAUCCUAACACACGGCCUGCGCUUGAAGCUGCUAUGCUCGAAUAUGCCGCUACUUCAGGAGCUCCGUACGAGUCUGAAUAUGCGCAGCGUUACUUCGACGUCGGUCUUACCCUCGCUUGUGCCUACUAUCCCACUCAUCCUUUUGCCGUAAAACUACACAUCGCCAUCUACUCCUGGCUAGCCAUCUACAUUGACGACGAUGACGCCGGGAACGAUGAUCUAGCCGGCUUCCAGGAGCGUUUCCACAAGGGAGCGUCUCAGCCGUCUGCUCUUCUGUCACGCUUCGCAGAGGUGCUGCAUGACAUGUCGAAAUACUACGAACCUCUAGUGGCCAACUUCAUUGUGUGUUCGACGUUGCAAUUCGUCAACGCCACUCUACUGGAAAGACGCGGCGAGUUCCACGGUCUGAAGCACUGCAAAGAGGCAAGCGGCUGGCCCGACUAUGUCCGCGACAGGAGUGGAGUGCCUGAGGCGUACGCCUACUUCAUCUUCCCGAAGGAACAGUGCCCGAACAUCGGACAGUAUAUGCAAGGAAUACCGGACAUGAUGACGUAUAUUAACUACGCAAAUGAUAUUCUAUCAUUCCACAAGGAGACCCUCGCUGGCGAGACAGACAACUACAUCAACACUCGAGCCGUUUGCGAGCAGCGCGAACCUCUUGCCGUGCUCGAAACCGUCGUUGCCGAAGCAAUCGAAGCAAACUCGCGUGUGGUUGGGCUUCUGCGCACCAGGUCGGACCCCAUGUACGCCCUUAAGUGGGACGAGUUCUUCAAUGGCUACAUCUUCUUCCAUCUCUCAGCGAAGCGGUACAAGCUGUAUGUGUACCCUGGGCUGGCACAUGAGGGAGUCAAAGAGCUGGUGGAUGAGGGAGUCAGUGGGCUGGCGGAGGCAGUCAAAGGACUGGAAGAAUUCGGAGGCCAGAGGACGGGUGACAUGGAGAAACCUGCGGUCGGUGUGCUGCAGUGCGCUUAG